ACACAGCCUUUCAGACGCGAGUCGCCGCUAACGUCUGCUGCCAGUCUGCCAAAGUGCCUACUUUAAAAAAAAAAACAAAGUCCUUGACUGACCAACUCCAUCAUAACAGCAGGGACGGGUGCAGUGUGAAUACCAGUGUUACAUGUUGGGGUUGUGUUCAUCAGUUGCUUUAACCUACAGGACAUCCAAUGGUAUUGAUUCAAAGCAACUUCAGGUUAUUGUGCCAUGGCCUCUAAGUCACAUCCUCCUCUAAUGAAGAAACACAGUCAGUCAGAUCUGGUGAGCCGGCUGAAGACCAGGAAGAUACUGGGGGUCGGAGGAGAGGACGACGAUGGAGAGGUGCAUAGGUCAAAGCUCAGUCAGAUGCUGGGGAAUGACAUCAAGUAUCAGGUGCGAGAGCCUGUUGGUCUAAGGCUCUGGAUCGCCAUCUCUGCGUUUGCCUUCACAGUUAUGGCCUUGAUGGCCCUGGUGUGUCCCAACCAGCUCUAUGAGGUGGUGUUUGAAGAAGAGAUCAGCAACACCAGCAUCUCCAUCAGGCUCUAUGGAGGAGCACUACUCAGUCUGUCCCUCAUCUUGUGGAAUGGAGUGUAUACACAAGAGAAGGUCAUCCUUCAAUGGACUCUGCUCAGUGAGGCAUGCUACUUUGCUGUCCAGUUUUUAGUUACGUCUGUCACCCUGGUGGAGAUGGGCUCGUUGCCCAACGCUGCCGUCCUCCUCCUCCUCAGCCGGGUGCUCUUCCUCCUGGUCACUCUCUUCUAUUACUACCACCUGGGGAGAGGACGAGCCAAGAAGAUCUGAGAUGGAGGGGAGGAGAGAGGACGAGCCAAGAUGAUCUGAGAGCAAGGAGGGGAGGGGGGGGGCUCUGCUGAGUUUGGUUGUCUGGGAGGGGUGGGUGGGUGCUUUCAGAUAUUUAAGCUGGGGUUUAUUGAAUGAAGCGAAAUGUUCACAAUGUCGCAGCUAGUAAUGUAAUGUGUAGAGCUGACAUUAUUCACAGUUCUACAUGACAAACCAGCAUGGCAGAUCUAUACAUUACAUGUAUAACGUUCUACCUUUCUGGUCAGGGAUGUGGGGGCGGAGCUUAUCAGGGAGGAGAUGUGGGGGCGGGGCUU